AUGGAGCACAGUGGUGCUGCAGCCCCUGAGCAGCCUCAGGAUGGUCAAGAGCUGCAGAAGCAGGAGAUGACCUGUUCCAGAACACCAGUUCCUGAAAACUGCUCUGCUGAGCUCAGGCACGUUCUUCUGGCUUGUCCUGCAGCUGUUCUAGGCCCUCCCUAUUGUAGCUUUCUUCAAGGCACAGCUGCAGCCCUCGCUGCCCUGCAGCUUUCCCAAGGCAUCUGUCCUGCCCUUGUUGCCCUUAAUCCCGACAAGACAUGGCAGAGAGACCUCCCACCCCACCCAAGAAGGUGGAGAAUUGCCCUUGUGGUGCCGCCCUCCAGCGACGUGCUGACUUGGAGCAGCUGCAGCUGCUGCAGAAGAGUGAGUGAAAGGGCUGGGCCACAGGGCUGGCCUGCAGCCAGCUCCACCCUGCCCCAUCCCAUCCCUUCCCUGCGGACAUGCCCAUGGACAGGACAGAAGAGGGGCUGGGGCAUCCUGGGGCUGUCCCUGCCUGGGGAGACUGCAGGGCUGGGCUGUGCUCUCUGGCCUCUCCUGCAGCUCCUCAGCUCUGGCAUUCCCUGCUCUUUGCCAGAUGCAGCCAAGGACCCGGCACAAGGGCUGGAUCCUGCCCGUAGCUGCUGGCGCUCUGUAGGCCAGAAGUUCACAAACCUCGCUUGGUGUCGAGAGAUGAUCAGCAUGUUCACCAAGGGUGCAGCAGAGGCUGGCCCCACAGCCCCUCAGAGCAUCCCUCCUGCUCCCAGCCUGGAUCAGUUUGGGGAGAGAGUUGUUUCCAGUCCCAGUCAAGUGCCAGGCUUUGUCAGGAACUUGCACCAGAGGCUGGCGUCCAACGAGCCUCCAGACGACUGGCUGUUCAUGGACAUCCUGCGGCUGACCGAGGAACAGCCCACUGACGUGGCAGUGACCCUGCUGCGGUGUGCCCCAACGUGUGACAGGUACAGGGCCCACCUGCCUUGGGGGCUCAGGCCUAGCCCUGUACAGCCAGUGCAAUGGGCUCUGCUGGACAGGCAGAGAGUUCCAGGAGCCACCGGAGCCUCCAUUUCCCAGCGCUGGCUUGUCAGCCCGUAA